AUGUCUGAAAAGGCUGCCCAAUUCCCUCUCGUUGACAUCAGUGGCUACAUCAAUCCGACUUCACCUGAAGACAAGGCCCAAGUCGUUGCACAGAUACGAGAUGCCUUCAAGACCUUUGGCUUCUUCCAAUGCACGGGUCAUGGUGUCCCCGUAAGCCUGCAGCGUGCAAUGUUCAAAAGCCUCGAGCGAUUCUUUAGCCUGCCAAAAGAAGAGAAGAUGGAGAUUUCCGUUCUCAAAAGUCCUUGUCGUCGUGGAUACGAAGCUUCCGGUGCCCAUAGCCGGGACGGUAAAGCUAUGCCGGACGCAAAAGAGUCGUAUUAUUUCUGCGAGGAUGACCCUAAGGUCGAGAUGGGUGGCAUUUACGGCCCAAAUCAGUGGCCACCUCUCCCCGAAGACGAGUUCCGCCAGCCAAUCUGGGAGUAUUACAAGAAGACAGCUGCUAUGGGAAAGUUGCUUUGGGAGAUUUUGAUCGAAGGUCUUGGUCGCUCUCCAAGCACAAUGGAGCGCUUUUCGAAGCGGCCCUUGAUAGGCAUGAACCUGCUCCGCUAUCCUUCUCCGGCAGACACUGCAGAGGGACAGUUCGGACUCGGCGCGCACAACGACUGGGGCGGCAUCACGGUCUUGCUCCAAGAACCUGGCAAAGAGGCCCUCGAGAUCUGGCUGGAAGAUGAGAAGGAAUGGGUUAGCGUUCCUGCCGUGGAAGACAGGUUUGUUAUCAACUGCGGCGACAUGCUUUCAGGAUGGUCUGGACACACGUACAAGUCCGUGCAUCACCGCGUUGUCAACAAAGCUCCAGUGGAGAGGUACUCGGCCGUCACAGCCUGGCAUGGCGAUAUCUUUGCCACCAAUCCGUUUGAGGAACCUGGCACAAGCAAAGAAACCGUUGGCCAUCUCUUUGUCAAGCGUUUCCAAAAGCAACUGAAGCCCAGCAAAGCUCUCUUGGCGGCUAUUGGAGUAGAGGCCUAG